GUCGGCGGAGUGGGAUUACGAUUGAGUGUAAGAGUAAGAGGAAUCCGGUCGAAUCGUCGGAACGUCAAUCGUGGCAGACGAAACUGGGUGAGCUCGCGAGCUCACAGGUGAAUUCCACGGAGCUUUCUCGGUCAUUGUUUCCGCAUAAUCGACACGAUUUAUCGUCGCGCGUGCAUUCGACAAUUUGCCAGUGCUUGCCUGUGAGAGAAACGCCGCUUAUCGAUUCCGGGCGGCGAAUUGAUCCUGCCACACCCCACCGUGGCCAUUUUGGACGAUAGUCGGUGAAAACUAUUUUAAAGAUCGCGGCCCCAUCAUGGACCAAAUUACGCCGAAGGAGGUGAAGAUCCUUGAAAAUCCGGAGGACAUCCAGGAGAGACGUGAGCAGGUGUUGGGACGCUAUGCUAACUUUAAGUCGGAGGCACGCAACAAGCGGGACAAGCUCGAGGACUCCCGUCGCUUUCAGUACUUUAAGCGAGAUGCGGACGAACUCGAGGGAUGGAUCUACGAGAAGCUCCAAGCGGCCUCCGAUGAGAGUUACAAAGAUCCAACUAAUCUACAAGCGAAGAUUCAGAAGCACCAAGCCUUUGAAGCAGAAGUCGCAGCUCAUUCAAACGCUAUCGUGCUACUCGAUAAUACUGGCUCCGAAAUGAUAGCGCAACAUCAUUUCGCCAGCGAUGUAAUUCGCAAGAGACUAGAGGAACUACAUCGCUUGUGGGAAUUGCUGCUGUCACGAUUAGCUGACAAGGGCCUGAAGUUGCAGCAGGCUUUAGUUCUCGUACAGUUUAUUCGUCACUGCGAUGAAGUGAUGUUUUGGAUUCACGACAAGGAGGCAUUUGUAACGACCGAUGAGUUCGGACACGACUUGGAGCACGUGGAGGUGCUUCAAAGAAAAUUUGACGAAUUUCAAAAGGAUAUGGCGAGUCAAGAGUACAGAGUUACAGAGGUGAACGAAUUGGCGGACAAGUUAUUAUUAGACGGACAUCCUGAACGUGACACCAUCUUACGUAGGAAGGAAGAACUCAACGAAUCCUGGCAGAGACUGAAACAAUUGGCCACACUACGACAAGAAAAGCUCUUCGGGGCGCACGAGAUUCAGAGAUUCAAUCGCGAUGCCGAUGAGACCAUGGCUUGGAUCGCGGAGAAGGAUGUUGUCUUAUCGUCUGACGAUUUUGGACGAGAUCUUGCGAGUGUGCAAACGUUACAACGAAAACACGAAGGUAUCGAGCGUGACUUGGCUGCUCUGGAAGAUAAGGUGUACACACUGGGCGCGGAAGCCGAUCGUCUCGCCGCAAUUCACGAAGCUGAUCAUUCCAAGCAGAUUCAAUCUAAACGGGCUGAGAUUUUACAGUCGUGGGAGAGCCUUACUGCAAAAGCGAAAGAGCGACGCCUCAAACUUGACGAAUCUUAUUAUCUGCAUCGAUUUCUAGCCGAUUAUCGUGAUUUGGUGUCCUGGAUGAACGAUAUGCGCGCUAUCAUUUCCGCAGAUGAGCUAGCUAAAGAUGUGGCUGGUGCUGAAGCCUUGGUUGACAGACACCAAGAACAUAAAGGAGAAAUUGAUGCUAGAGCCGAUAGCUUUGAUGCAACCACAUUGGCUGGUAAUAAACUUCUGGAAAAGAAGCAUUACGCCGCUGAAGAAGUGGCACUAAAAUUAAACUCUCUCGCCGAUGACAAAUCAUCUCUUUUGAGUCUGUGGGAGAAGAGGCGUAUCUUGUACGAGCAAUGCGUAGAUUUACAGCUAUUCUACCGGGACACCGAACAAGCAGAUGCGUGGAUGGCCAAACAGGAAGCGUUUUUGGCUAACGAAGAUUUAGGAGAUUCCCUUGAUAGUGUGGAGGCCCUUAUUAAGAAACAUGAAGACUUUGAUAAAUCCCUGGCAGCUCAGGAAGAGAAGAUUAAGGUGCUCGAUGACUUUGCUGGAAAGUUAAUUGAGGGCGAACAUUAUGCUGCAGAUGACGUGGCGCAACGACGACAACUACUAUUAGAAAGACGAGCUAUUCUCCUCGAAAAAUCAGCUCAAAGGCGCCGUCGCCUGGAAGAUGCAUACAAGCUACAACAAUUUGAGAGAGAUUGCGACGAAACAAAGGGUUGGGUUAAUGAGAAGCUUAAGUUCGCUACUGAUGACAGUUACUUGGAUCCUACUAAUUUGAACGGUAAGGUUCAGAAACAUCAGAAUUUCGAGCAGGAAUUAAACGCGAAUAGGACGCGCAUGGAGGAGAUGGUAGCUACUGGCCAAGAAUUGAUCGAGAGUAAUCAUUAUGCUGCUGAUCGCAUACACACUCGCUCGGACGAAAUUGUGACACUGUGGGAGAGUUUGACGCGGGCCACCGAAAAGAAAGGUGCGAAAUUGCAGGAAGCUUCUCAGCAGCAGCAGUUCAAUCGAACGGUAGAGGACAUUGAACUGUGGCUUUCGGAGGUAGAGGGACAACUUAUGUCAGAAGAUUAUGGCAAAGAUUUGACUAGCGUCCAGAAUUUGCAGAAGAAACACGCGCUUCUAGAGGCCGAUGUAGGUUCUCACGCGGAUAGGAUCGACGGUAUCGCUCAAGCAGCCGAACAAUUUGUUAAAUCGGGCCAUUUCGAUGCCGACAAUAUCAAGUCUAAGCAGGAUCAAUUACAAGCUAGAUACUCUGCCUUACAGCGUCCUAUGAGUUUGAGGAAGCAACGACUCCUGGAUUCACUUCAGGUGCAGCAACUGUUUCGAGAUAUCGAGGACGAGGAAGCGUGGAUUCGUGAGAAAGAGCCAGUUGCGGCAUCCACGAAUCGCGGUCGUGAUUUGAUCGGCGUGCAGAAUCUCCAGAAGAAGCAUCAGGCUGUUUUGGCCGAAAUCAACAACCACGAGCCGAGAGUGGCCGCGGUUUGCCAAGCGGGUUCGACGAUGUUACAAGAAGGACAUUUUGCGGCCGAGGAGAUCAAUCAGCGACUUGCAGCUUUGGAUGAACACUGGGGACAAUUGAAGGAUAAAGCUCGACAACGCAAGAAUGACUUGGACGACUCAUUGCAGGCGCAUCAAUAUUUUGCUGACGCGAAUGAAGCUGAAUCAUGGAUGAAGGAGAAACGUCCUAUAGUGAUGAAUGGUGAUUAUGGGAAGGACGAAGAUAGUUCCGAGGCUCUUUUGAAGAAACAUGAGGCCUUGGUUAGCGAUCUGGAAGCGUUCGCGAGCACCAUUGGGGUACUGAGAGAUCAAGCUGGAGCGUGCAGACAGCAAGAGACACCUACGGUCGAUAUCACUGGCAAGGAAUGUGUCGUGGCCCUCUAUGACUACACUGAAAAAUCGCCCAGAGAAGUAUCUAUGAAAAAGGGCGAUACUCUGACUCUGCUUAACUCCAACAACAAAGACUGGUGGAAGGUCGAGGUAAACGAUCGUCAAGGUUUUGUACCGGCAGCAUAUGUGAAGCGCGUGGAACCCGAAGCGGGUCUCAGUGCGUCUCAACAGAACUUGGCUAGAGAGCAGAGCUCGAUUGCCGCGCGGCAAGCGCAGAUCGAGGCGCAAUAUGAUGAUCUGUUGCGUUUAGCACGCGAACGUCAAAACAAGCUUAACGAAACAGCUAAAGCUUACGUGCUGGUGAGAGAAGCCGCUGAGUUGGCCACUUGGAUCAAAGACAAGGAGAAUCAUGCCCAAGUACAGGACGUAGGUGAAGAUUUGGAACAAGUCGAAGUUAUGCAAAAGAAAUUCGACGACUUUCAAGCUGAUCUCAAGGCGAAUGAAGUGCGCUUAGCUGAGAUGAAUGAAAUUGCCGUGCAGUUGAUGAGUCUCGGGCAGACUGAAGCGGCAUUAAAGAUUCAGACGCAAAUCCAGGAUCUGAACGAAAAGUGGACCAGCCUGCAAACACUUACGGCAGAACGAGCCAGUCAGCUUGGUUCCGCUCACGAAGUGCAACGAUUCCAUCGUGAUGUCGACGAGACGAAGGACUGGAUUCGCGAGAAGGAUGCGGCGCUGAACAAUGAUGAUCUGGGCAAGGAUCUGCGCAGCGUUCAGGCUUUGCAGCGCAAACACGAAGGUCUGGAGAGAGAUUUGGCUGCUUUGGGAGAUAAAAUCAAGCAACUCGACGAGACAGCUAAUCGCCUGAUGCAAUCGCAUCCAGAGACUGCCGAGCAAACAUACGCCAAACAGAAGGAGAUUAACGAAGAAUGGACUCAAUUGACAGCUAAAGCUAACAGCAGGAAGGAAAAACUUCUUGAUUCAUAUGAUUUGCAACGCUUCCUCAGUGAUUAUCGCGAUUUGAUGGCAUGGAUCAACUCGAUGAUGGGCCUAGUCGCUUCCGAAGAACUUGCAUCGGACGUUACGGGUGCCGAAGCAUUGCUUGAACGUCAUCAGAAUCACAGAGCAGAGAUAGAUGCGCGAUAUGGCAUACUUCCAGAGGAGCACCGAAUGGAGAUAGAUGCUAGAGCAGGUACUUUCCAGGCGUUCGAAUUGUUCGGCCAGCAACUAUUGCAAUCUAGCCAUUACGCCAGCGUGGAGAUACUGGAGAAACUUGAAUCUAUGGCUGAAGCCCGGCAAGAGCUAGAGAAAGCUUGGAUCCAACGACGUAUGCAGCUCGAUCAGAAUCUCGAAUUGCAGUUAUUCUGCAGAGAUUGCGAACAGGCAGAAAAUUGGAUGAGCGCGCGAGAAGCUUUCCUCAGCUGUGCGGACGCGGUGGACAGUAGUGACAACGUUGAGGCUCUCAUCAAGAAGCAUGAAGAUUUUGAUAAAGCAAUCAAUGCUCAUGAAGAGAAAAUCGCUACUUUACAAACUUUAGCUGAUCAGUUGAUCGCUGCCGAGCAUUACGCCGCUAAACCCAUUGACGAAAGACGAUGUCAAGUGUUGGACCGUUGGCGGCACUUGAAGGACGCUCUUAUCGAAAAGCGCUCGAAGCUGGGCGAAUCUCAGACUCUGCAGCAGUUCUCUCGAGAUGCCGAUGAGAUGGAAAAUUGGAUCGCCGAGAAACUUCAGCUAGCAACUGAGGAGAAUUAUAAAGAUCCCGCCAACAUACAAUCGAAGCAUCAGAAACAUCAAGCUUUCGAAGCCGAAUUGGCAGCUAAUGCGGAUCGAAUUCAAUCGGUACUCGCUAUGGGAGGCAAUCUGAUUGAAAAGCAUCAAUGUGCUGGUUCGGAGGAUGCGGUUCAAAAGAGACUGGCGUCCAUCGCUGAUCAGUGGGAAUAUCUUACGCAAAAGACUACGGAGAAGUCCAUGAAGCUGAAGGAAGCCAAUAAGCAGCGUACUUAUAUCGCUGCCGUGAAGGAUCUUGAUUUCUGGCUGGGAGAAGUCGAGAGUUUGCUCACAUCCGAAGAUGCUGGCAAAGAUUUGGCCUCAGUGCAAAAUCUCAUGAAGAAACAUCAACUUGUUGAGGCAGAUAUACAAGCGCACGAGGAAAGAAUCAAGGAUAUGAAUGCACAGGCUGAUUCGUUGAUUGAGAGCGGUCAGUUCGAUGCCGCUGGCAUUCAGGAGAAACGUCAGAGCAUAAAUGAGCGUUAUGAGCGAAUCAGAAAUCUAGCGGCGCAUAGACAGGCGAGGCUCAACGAAGCCAACACUUUGCAUCAGUUCUUCCGCGAUAUUGCUGACGAAGAGUCUUGGAUCAAGGAGAAGAAACUUCUUGUCGGGUCAGAUGACUAUGGCCGUGAUCUUACAGGUGUGCAGAACUUGAAGAAAAAGCACAAAAGAUUAGAGGCCGAAUUAGGUAGCCACGAACCUGCCAUCCAAGCUGUUCAGGAAGCAGGAGAGAAAUUAAUGGACGUUUCCAAUCUGGGAGUACCCGAAAUCGAGCAGCGUCUAAAACUUCUUAAUCAGGCGUGGGCUGAAUUGAAACAAUUAGCUGCCACUAGAGGACAGAAGUUGGACGAGUCUUUGACGUAUCAGCAAUUUCUCGCUAAGGUCGAAGAGGAAGAAGCCUGGAUCACGGAGAAGCAGCAAUUACUCUCUGUCGAAGAUUAUGGUGAUACAAUGGCUGCUGUUCAAGGUCUUUUGAAGAAACAUGAUGCGUUCGAAACUGAUUUUGCGGCUCACGGUGAACGUUGCAAGGAUAUUUGCGAGGCCGGCGAGACGUUGAUCAAAGCUGGCAAUCAUCGAGCGGAUGCUAUCAGUCAAAGGUGCGCGCAAUUGCGUAAUAAAUUGGAGCAACUCGGAGCUCUCGCGGCCCGUAGGAAGACACGAUUGAACGAUAAUUCGGCGUACUUGCAAUUCAUGUGGAAGGCUGAUGUAGUCGAAUCAUGGAUUGCUGAUAAGGAAACUCAUGUGCGUUCUGAGGAGUUUGGCCGAGAUCUAUCUACCGUGCAGACUCUACUUACGAAACAGGAGACCUUCGACGCUGGUCUUCAUGCCUUUGAACAUGAAGGUAUUCAGAAUAUUACUUCGUUGAAAGAAAUGCUUGUUGAUUCUGGUCAUGAUCAGACACCCAGUAUUCAGAAACGUCAUGCUGAUGUUAUCGCUCGUUGGCAAAAACUUUUGGCUGAUUCUGACGCAAGAAAACAGCGUCUGUUGAGAAUGCAGGAUCAGUUCAGACAGAUCGAAGAGCUUUAUCUGACAUUCGCGAAGAAGGCAUCUGCUUUCAACUCUUGGUUUGAGAAUGCCGAGGAGGAUCUGACGGAUCCUGUACGUUGUAACAGUAUCGAGGAGAUUCGUGCUCUUCGUGAAGCACAUGCGCAAUUCCAAGCUAGUUUAUCCUCGGCUGAAGCUGACUUCCAAGCCCUGGCUGCUCUUGACAGGCAAAUUAAGAGUUUCAACGUCGGACCGAAUCCAUACACAUGGUUCACGAUGGAAGCCUUGGAAGAUACUUGGCGUAACUUACAGAAGAUAAUUAAGGAGCGUGAUGUUGAACUUGCGAAAGAAGCACAGCGGCAGGAAGAGAAUGAUAAAUUGCGUAAAGAAUUCGCCAAGCAUGCUAAUGCCUUCCAUCAGUGGCUUGCGGAAACAAGAACAUCUAUGAUGGAAGGAUCUGGAUCUUUGGAACAACAACUGGAAGCUACCAAGCGAAAAACUCAAGAAGUGCGCGCACGUCGUCAAGAUCUGAAGAAGAUCGAGGAUCUGGGAGCUAUUCUAGAAGAACAUCUAAUUCUCGACAACCGUUACACAGAACACAGUACCGUAGGAUUGGCACAGCAAUGGGAUCAAUUGGAUCAGUUAGGAAUGCGCAUGCAACACAAUUUAGAACAGCAGAUUCAAGCGCGAAAUCAGUCCGGUGUAUCUGAAGAUGCGCUCAAAGAAUUCUCCAUGAUGUUCAAGCAUUUCGACAAAGACAAGAGCGGUCGCCUGAAUCACCAAGAAUUCAAAUCGUGCCUGAGAGCUUUGGGCUACGACCUUCCUAUGAUGGAAGAAGGACAACCCGAUCCAGAAUUCGAGAACAUAUUAGACAUCGUGGAUCCUAAUAGGGAUGGUUAUGUAUCGCUACAAGAAUAUAUGGCGUUUAUGAUCAGCAAGGAAACAGAGAAUGUGCAGAGUUCGGAGGAAAUAGAGAACGCUUUCCGAGCAAUUACUGCAGCAGACCGGCCAUAUGUCACGAAGGAGGAAUUGUAUGCUAACCUCACGAAGGAGAUGGCCGAUUAUUGUGUUGCCCGUAUGAAACCUUAUGUAGAUCCCAAAUCGGAACGACCGAUAACAGCUGCAUUGGAUUAUAUAGAAUUUACGCGCACUCUUUUCCAGAAUUAAUUAUGCAUUCAUAUUGCACAUUUAUAUUAUUUUUUCAAGCUUAUUAAAUUAUUAUUACGUAAAGAGUGCAAGGCUGCUAUGUUUAUCUAUAAAAAUGCUUGAUUUAUCUCUAAUAUUCUUAUUAAUAAUUAUUAUCUAAUAGAAGUUGAGAAGCUAACUGCCUGAUAAAGAAUAUAUGUAAAGAAUAUAUUUUUAUGUUAGGAGUAUGUUUUCCCUAACAUAUAUAUUCUUUACCUAUUAAUAUUACAUUAUUUAAUCUUCAAAUAUUAAUAUUAUUAAUCUUUGAAAUAUUAGAUUUCAUAUCUACUAGUUCUGGUAUGAGAGUCUGUCAUGUUGUUCUUCGAAAUAAAUGCAUUUAAUAUAUAUCAAUUUUAU